AGGGGAGGAGCCAUUUGUUAGGGGAGGAGCCAGGUGUUAGGGGAGGAGAGGAGAGUACGUAUUGAUCAGGAAACAAAACUUAACGUUCCCAGAAACCAAAUCCAUCCGACGUGGAAGCAGUUCUCUCUUUCAGGAGGAAAAUAAAACACAUUUUGAAACAAAUAGUCUGACACACUGAAACAACAACAAGGAAUGGCCUCUGCUAACACUUCCUGGUCUGAGGAGAACUUUUCAUGUUCCAUCUGUCUGGAUGUGUUCAGCAGUCCAGUUUCCACACCAUGCGGACACAACUUCUGCAGAACCUGUAUUACAAAGUACUGGGAUGAACAAGUCAAGUACAAAUGUCCGGUUUGCAACAAGAUUUUCAAUAUAAGACCUGAUUUACAGGUCAAUACCCUCUUAUCAGAGCUGGCUGCCCAGUUUAGAUUGUCUGUACGAGUAAAAGAGCAGCCUUGUGUUGAACCAGCAGAAGUUCCCUGUGAUGUCUGUACUGGGACCCAGCUGAAGGCAGUGAAGUCCUGUCUAGAGUGUUUCAUGUCUUUCUGUCAAACCCACCUGGAGCCACAUCAGAGAGUCGCAGUCUUGAAGAAACAUCGGCUGGACGAGCCUAUGGACCGUCUGGAAGACCGGAUGUGUAAGAAACACAACCGACUUCUGGAGCUCUUCUGCCAGACUGAACAGGCGUGUGUGUGUCAGUUCUGCACAGAGACAGACCACAAGUCCCAUCCUGUUGUACCUCUAAAGGAGGAAUAUGAAGUGAAGACGGCCCAGCUGGGGAAGAUAGAGGCUGAAGUCCAGCAGAUGAUCCAGGAGAGACAAAAAAAUAUUCAGGAGAUUAAAGACACUGUUAAACGCAGCAAAGCAGACGCAGACAGAGAGAUGGCUGAUGGUUUGCAGGUCCUCACUGCUCUGAUGCGCUGCAUUGAAAAGUGCCAGGAUGAUCUCAACCAAAUGGUUAAAGAGAGACUGAUAUCCACAGAGAAACAAGCUGAAGGCCUCAUCAAAGAGCUGGAGCAGGAAAUAGAAGAUCUGACCAAUAGAAGCUUAGAGAUGAAGCAGCUCUCACACACUAAAGACCACCUCCACUUCCUCCAGGCCUUCAGAUCCCUGAAGAAUCCUCCAACCACCAGGGACUGGACGACGGUGGAGGUCCGUCCUCCGUCAUACGUAGGGACCUUGAGGAGAUCCCUUGAUCAGCUGGAGGAGACACUGAACAUGGAUAUGAAGACGCUGCUUGAGGAUGUUGAACUGAAGAGGGUCCAGCAGUAUGAAGUAGAUGUGACUCUGGAUCCUGAUUCAGCUCAUCCCAAGCUCAUCCUGUCUGAGGAUGGGAAAAAAGUAUAUGAUGGAGUUGUAAGAAAGAAACUCCAAGACAACCCGAAGAGAUUUACAAAGCAUUUAUUUGUCCUCACGAGACAGAGCUUCUCCUCAGGGAGAUUUUACUUUGAGGUCCAGGUUAAGGACAAGACUAGAUGGUGUUUAGGAGUGGCCAGAGAGUCCAUCAAAAGAAAAGGUCAGAUCAUAGCAACCCCUGAGAUGGGGUACUGGAAUCUUUUCUCUUGCAAGGAUGGGUUGGUAUUUAAUGAUGACCCCGAUGUCUGUCUCCCUCUGAGAGCCGAGCUCCAGAAGGUGGGGGUGUUUGUUGAUUAUGAUGAGGGUCUGGUCUCCUUCUAUGAUGUGGAUGCCAGGGUUCAUAUCUACUCUGCUACUGGCUGCACCUUUAGCGAGCCUCUCUAUCCAUUCCUCUACCCAGGCAACAAUGAUUAUAAAGGUGACAACUCUGGCCCCCUGAUCAUCUCACCUGUCAAUCAAACCGACUAGGACCUUUGUUUGAUAAUUAAAUAAUCAAAAAACCAAAACAAACAAUGUUGUUUCUUGAAUUAGAAUAUCUACCCUGUGAGAUCUGAGAGAUCUGGAUUCAUGUUGUAUUGCUCUCAUUUUACAAGGAGAAAUUCAGUAGGAAUUGAACCCUGACUAUCAUAAAUUAUAACCCAUUGUAAAUUAUUAGAUAACAUUAUAUUCUUCAUUGUGUUUUUUCUCCAGUCUUUUAAAGGUUUACUGGCAUACCAUUGUUAAUGGUUGCAGUUACGUAGCGCAUGGUUUAAGGAUUAAUUUUAUAUCAUAAUCAUCUAAACAUUACUAUAAGUUUAUACAUCAGAAUCCUGAAUGACUACACAAUCAAAUGUAAAAAUGCCUUUCUGAUAUUAAUAAAAAUGAAAAAAAGCUGAUGAGUCAAUGACUUUUAAUGUCAUACAAUACAACAACCUAACAUGUGUAACACACUUAAACAAAGCUCCCAGUGACUACAUGUAAAGAUUCUCCCCAUGUGUGUGAGUACCGUGACUUUGUCUUGUCAGCUCUCCAUCCUCUCCUCUUAGUUUCUCCUCUCU